AUGCCAACCACACGACCAAUGACUGCAAUACCAAAAGUUACUUCGAUGGACGAUAAACAUUGUUAUAAAGAUUCAACAAAAAAAGACAUACCAUCAACUUCCAUAGAAGAUACAAGCCAAGAAAAUGGAUAUGCCAGUCCAAGCCACAAAACCCAAAGUAAAACACACCGAGUAUUGGACGACUAUUCCAUAAGCAUGGAUGGUAAUAAUUCUCGCUAUUCGACGGAAGACGAAGGUGAACAAUUCCAUCCAGCUAGCGAGAACCUUGACCCCGAUGUUGCCAUGCAAGGAUCAGAUAAUGAGGAUAGCUUGCUCCAAGUUGAAAACAAUGGCCCAUCAAUAUUACGCGAUUCGCCUUUACCUUCGGAGUUACCCGAGUAUUCACCACCUGACGAUUCACAACAGUGUGACAGAGGUGAGAUAACAAACUCAAAUACUAAAAGCGCAUCUAAAGAUACAUCAAAAUGUCAGCAAAAUACAAAUGUUCAAGCACAUAGUGCUUCAACUUCUGAUCCUACCGGAGAAGCUACUGCUUCAGAUACUAGUAGUAAUCGAGCAAGAAUUAAGCCAAAAAAAGUUCUUGGUAACUAUACGCUAACAAAGACAUUGGGUGCUGGCAGCAUGGGGAAAGUAAAAUUAGCAAUACAUUCAUUAACAGGUGAAAAGUUGGCUGUUAAGAUUAUCCCGAGGGUACUUCCAUCAGACAAAUCUCAAGAUAACAAAGACAAGGACACAUCUAAAGAUGAUAAUAAGGAAAUUCGCACCAUUCGAGAAGCUGCAAUAAUGCUUUUGUUGAACCAUCCUUUUAUAGUUCAACUUAAAGAAGUAAUGGUGUUACCAAACCAUUACUAUAUGUUUUUCGAGUAUGUUAAUGGCGGUCAAAUGUUGGAUUAUAUCAUCAGCCAUGGAAAAUUAAAAGAGAAACAUGCUCGGAAAUUUGCCAGGCAGAUAGUAAGCGCAUUGGACUAUUGUCACAGAAAUUCUAUAGUACAUCGAGACUUAAAAAUUGAAAAUAUCCUUAUAUCCAAGUCCGGCUCUAUUAAAAUUAUUGAUUUUGGACUAUCAAAUUUAUAUUCACCACGCUCUCAUCUUUCAACAUUUUGUGGUUCAUUAUAUUUUGCUGCACCAGAAUUAUUAAAUGCAAAAUUGUACACUGGACCCGAGGUUGAUGUAUGGAGUUUUGGAAUUGUCCUUUACGUUCUUGUCUGUGGUAAAGUACCAUUCGAUGAUCAAAGCAUGCCUGCUUUGCACGCAAAGAUUAAAAGGGGUGUGGUUGAAUAUCCUGGAUGGUUAAGUAGCGAUUGUAAACAUCUUCUUUCGAGAAUGCUUGUUACCAAUCCAAUGUAUCGUGCUACACUUGCUGAAGUAAUGAAUCAUCCUUGGAUGAAUAAAGGAUACGAUGGUCCUCCGGAAAAUUAUUUACCCUCAAGAAGUCCACUCACUCUUCCGCUAGAUCCUGAAAUUAUUCGCGGAAUGACAGGCUUUGAAUUUGGUACCGAGCAUGAAAUAAAAGCUCGCUUGGAAAGUAUCAUUAAAAGUGAUUCUUAUCAAAGUUCUAUUAGAGCUCAACACUACAAUAAUAUUGGUGGAUCAUACGACAAUAGAAGAAGAACCAGUGGCUUCGAAUAUUAUCGUAGAAAAUUAUCGGGUUCUAGCGUUUCGGUUCAAGAAGACAAAUCCAUUUCGGCUGAUCCAACACAGGCUGUUCAUCCAUUAAUCUCAAUUUAUUAUCUCGUUAAAGAAAAACUUGAACGAGAUCGUUUAAUACAACAAGGUGGUAUUCCUCAAUUUGGUUCUUCAUCUUCACUUGAUACAAAUAGCUUGCAAGUACCCUACAUUUCUAUGCCUGACCCAUCCUAUUCAAAUGACGCUGGUUUUGAUAACAUGCGUCCAGUUGUACCACCUGGGACAAGUCCAAAUUCACAAGUGAUAAGACGUGCAACUGUUCCUUCCGGAACGAGACCUCGCUCACGUACUAGCGUUGAAGGUGAUAUGAAAAAUACUUCAGUAGGUACACCUGUUAUAAAAGAGAAAGAAAUUCCCGAAGAAACAAUGGAUGAAGUUAGUGGUGAGUUGAAUUAUGGCAAAAAGAGCAUUGAACUAUCCGCAAAUAGUGGCAGUGCUGGCGGUGGACUAAUUAGGCGCUUGAGUUUAGCUAUAGUUGGCCAACCUCGUGAUCCCGUAUCACCUCCAUCUUCUCCAAUCUCUCCAACACACACACCAUCAAGAGGCCAUACGGAACAUCGUCGCCAUGGAUCCACUCCAAAUGGUCCAAAGAAAGAAAAUCCUAAUCAUUUCUCCCACAGGAUAUCAACAAUAAUAUCGAGGGCCACAUCCAUUUCCGAAGCAGAUUAUCGACGUCAUAGGCAACGAAAUUCUGUUGGAAAUAAUAGGCCUCAGAGUGUUAUUAGUGGUACUAAUGGUAAUAGUGGUACAAGUGGAAAUAAUAGGCCUCAGAGUGUUAUUAGUGGUACUAAUGGUAAUAGUGGUACAAGUGGAAAUAAUUCUACAAAGAAUUCUAGUAUUAAAGGACCUGUUGGUGUUUUACCACAAUUGGUUGAACCAUUAUCGCAACAUAAUCCACAAUCUGAUAAGUCUACAACUGUUAACAUAAACCGCUCUUCACAUCAGCGAAGCACUUCUAUCGGUGCACCAAUGACCAUAAAUGUUAAUACAAAUACGAAUCAACAAGUUAUUGACAAUGAUUUCAAUUUUCCACCAUCUUCCUCUCCACACUCACCUUUACCAGGUGGCACCGCUGAUUCAUGGAUUCGACCGGUAUAUCUAAAAGGCUUGUUUAGCGUUGCAACAACUUCCACAAAACCUCCUUCAAUAAUUCGAUUAGAUCUUAUAAGAGUACUUGAUCGAAUUGGUGUCAAGUGGCGUGAAGGUCGAGGUGGCUUUGAAUGUGUUCACAUACCGAGCAUUGACUUAAAGUCUGUUGUUAUUUCCAACUAUCCCCCGGGAGGAAUCACAAAUCAUCAUCACACUCAUUUUAAUCGAAAUGAACGUAGAGGCAGUCACUCAUCUGGUAAUUCUGCUGCUUCAACAUCAUCCUCAACAUCAUACAAAGAUAGUUACGCUCAAGGACAAGAUCUUCGUUUCUCGGCUGAUGGCGAGGUUCGACUUUCAUUGCCGGCUAAUGCACAUUCUGGUAAUCAAUCCGGCAAUGAUUCUUCGAUUUUUAUUGUUAAAGUUCCCCUUUUACUUGGAGUACAUGGAUUACAAUUCCGCAGAGUUGCUGGUGAUCCAUGGCAAUAUAAAAAUAUGUGUUCGAAAAUUUUGGGAGAGUUGAAAUUGUAUAGUACGGCUGUGAUUCCAACUAUGGAGGAGGUACUUAAUGGCCGACUUACAAAAAAGGAAAAGAGUCUUAAAACUGAAGAUCUUUUAGAAACCAAGCACCGCGUUGUUAAAGAAAAGCAAAAAAUAAAAUCUUCACACAGUAUUAAUCGUUAUGAAUGGACGGAAACUUUUCGAAGUAUACCACUACAACCUCCUAAACUUCCACGACUACCUACCAUGGAGGAGAUACUGAACGUGAACCGGCGCGUCAAGGUAGAAGAGCCUGAAGAAAAUUAUGAUUCUUCAAGUGAUUCGUCUCCAUAUUCCCCAUAUGAUUUUUCCCAAACUUUACCUCUUAUGGAGGAAGUUUUAGAUGCGAAGCGUAGUUUCACAUUCGAAGUAAAGGAAGAGAGAUAUUCUUCUACCCCCGCUACUUUUUCUCAAAUAUUAUCUACUCCUCAAUAUACAAGAAAAUCUUUAACAAAAAUGGACACCAUGCCUACAAUGGAGGAGAUAUUGAACAGGAAAUUGACAGAGAUACCAGAUUACCAUAUCGCGACUCGGUCAUCCAAGUCAGAUCCACAGAUCCCUGCCCCAUUGCCCAUUUUAUCAACUUUGUCAACGGUCCGUAAAGUUGUAGAAAACAUAGAUCCACCUACAACAUAUACCUUCAAGAUGAAGGUUCAAGAUUUUGACAAACAAAUUCCAAUUUUACCUUCCACCCAUAAAACAAAAGUAGAAAGCAUGGAUAGACCAAUAUCCAAUUCACAUACUGUUAUUAAAGCCAAGACAAAUAUAGCACCCUCGAUAGCCAAGGGUGAUAAUACCUCCAAAUCCACCGCUCCAAAAAUCUCUACUUUUAGUGCGCCUGGAAAUCCUAAUGUAAAACCAUGUUAUUCGUACUCUUCUUUGAUUGGUCAGGCAUUAAUGCAAGCUCCUGGAAGGACACUUGCUCUAGCAGAAAUCUAUAAGUGGAUUUCGGACACUUAUCCUUUCUAUAAACAGGAUCAAGAUGGUUGGAAGAAUUCUAUUCGUCACAAUCUUUCUCUCAAUUCGGCUUUCAUAAGAGUACCUAGACAAGAGGAUAGAUUGCAUUGUUGGACUAUCAAUCCUGAAGAAGAACAUUGUUUCAAAAAUGGCGUAUUCACUCCAAUCAAAAAACCGAAAGGUAAUAAGCGACCUCGUACCAAUGCGUCAAGUAAUGAUUCUAAUGAAUUGAAAAUAAUCGAUUUUGAUUAUGCUAGAAGUAAUUCCUCAAGUCAAACGAUUGUAGAUAUCGACUCAAGUGAUUCAACUAUUGUCGAUUCUGAUUCAGGAUAUUGUGAUUGUUCGGUUUAA